AUGCCCUCAGAAACAUCAUCUUACGACCCGACAAGACAUCUAUUCCGCCGCUGCGUGCAGUGCCCUCCUGAUCCACCGGCUUGCCCUGCUUGUGCUGCGGACGAGACCUGUUCACUGAAAGCCGAGUCAUGCGAUUCUUGUGCUUCGACGACUUGUGUUAGACUUGGCUCCUUGCCCGGUCAGGCAGCACCAGAGAAAAAGACCGCAGUUGGUCCUAUCGUUGGGGGAGUUGUAGCCGGUGUUGUUGUAUUGGCGAUCAUUUCAUACCUGCUUUGGCGAUUCUGUUUGAGAAAGAAACCUCGCGUCGAUACCUGGGAUCCGCCAGAGAAACGAGAUCAAUCAACCUUGAAUCGGUCUGCUCGACAAUCUACAAGGACUCAAUCAAUCGCAUCUACCGUCUUCACGCGAGCUUCCAAUGUCAUUCAAAUCGCCUACAUUCCCGGUGUUACCGUUCGAUCACCACCUGAGUCACCUGGUCUCAUUCCACCAGUACCUUCGCUCCCCGGCACUCGAACAAAUGCGUCCACCCCACAGAUGGAGCAACACUUUUUCAUGCCUGGAGAUUUGAGAGACUCGACAUGGUCGGAUGCAUCAUUCGAUCCACGCAUAAGCAUCGCACCAAGUCUGGCUCGCGAAAGUGUCGCGGGUACCAUUUAUCAGAGUGAUGCUAUUGUUCCUCCAAUCCCUGCUCAGCAUGCUUUCCGAGCUCAAGCAAAUGUGGUCAGUGUCAAAUCUGGAGCGAACACCCCUUCAAGUUCCUCAACACCGAAUACGCGGACACCACAAAUCCCACAAUUAGCCAAACUUGGAAGCAGCAACAGCUCCAUUGUAGCCAGGAAUGUAGUGGCUCGUCCCAUCGAAGUCAAGAAAGUCGGUUCGGGAACCAGAGUGCCUACACUAGGAAACCUAGCCAAAGAAGCUGUGCGAAAGACCGGCACCUCAGACAGCAGUUCCGAGAAGAAGACGCCUGUAUUCUGGGAGGAGAAAGAAGUGGUUUUCAGUUCCACCGCGACCACUCCUAACUCCACAUCGGACUCCAUGCCCGUCUCUCCUGUGACCAUUCCAAGACCGGCGUUCGCAAACCAUACAGCUCGAUCCUCGGGAGUUAGCUCUAUUGCUCCUUUCCAGGGCUCUCCACCAGCCAUGCCAACACACAGGCACACCAAUAGCAACGGCGCGAAUCUCAACGCCAUGAUUGAAGAUGCUAUUAAUCGGGCGAGAGAUCCUCAACAUAUGGGUGUCUCUACCAGUGUCUCACGACCUGAGCUGGUCAAACAAGACUCUGGCCCAUUUUCGGAUGCAAAUGAGCUUAAAGAGAAUAUCCGAUGA